AGCAACCUGUCACUAUACGCCAAAACAAUAGUAUGCGACGGUCUUGUGUUCAACGAUGUUUAUUUCGACAAAGAGGUUCUAUUUGAAAAUAUAAAUAAACCAUACAACCUUGUCACACAUAAGUUCUCAGGUCUUAUUUUCUUUAGUCAUACAAUAAAAAAUAGAACAUCCAUCGAUUUUGGAAUUAAAGUUUGUCAUAUUAAAAACAAAAUAUGCAAUGACGUUGAUGGCUUGCCUGGUGGGUAUGCUAUAUCUUACGACGCUAGUAAUGACGACAUGUAUCUAGGAGGUCACGACGGUAUAUACGUAUACAAUUUCCUAAAGAAAGAAGCAACUUAUUUCGAUGAGAAAGGCAAAUCAAUAUGGGCACUGUUUGUUAGAAAAAACUUUUAUUACAUCCAAUAUCCGAGUCAAAAACUUUACGUUUAUCAAAACGAUGCGUACGUCAUAGUCGCCGAAGCUAGAAAUAUAGAAGUUGAUAAUUUCUUCAUAGCAAAAGAUGACAGCGUGUACUAUGCUAACAAAACUGCUUUGUAUAAAGUUGAAAAGAAUAGUAGACGUAUAAUCGUCCUUGAUGAUGAUAUAAUUGUAAGAGCUAUUGCUGAAGAUAGUUAUGGUGAUAUAUAUUUCUGUGGAAUCAAUGGUAUUUAUAUCGAAGAUAAACCGUAUCACAGAGUUAAACAUAUAGCUGAUAUAGAUCAAGCGUAUGGUCUAACUUUUGAUGAGAAUGAUCGCGUCAUCUAUUCUGAUGCCACAUCUAUAUACAGACUGCAAACGAGUAAAAGUUCUAUAAGGGAUGCCUGCUAUGAGUCAAUUACUGGCAAAAGACCUGGAAUAUCUGAAAUUGUAACUACGCCUCCACUAAGACAUUGGAAUUUUCGAGACGGUCGACAAAGUGGUAUGUAUUGA